AUGUGUGAGUUACGAGGCAGUAAAGGCUUGUAACCUUGGUGCCCAAGGACUGAACUCAGGGUAAAUGUUACUUUGUAUCAGCGUGAUAUGAUUUAUGCAGAAAGAUAAGCCAGGAUUCAGACAGACAUGCUGCUGACAUGGAUCUGUUUUAGACUGCUGGGCUCCACAUCCAACAUCACAUUUAUUUAAGAGGAGAGAAUGGAGAUGAAACAGACCACGGAUCCCUUCUGUCUUUUCUUUCUGUCUGUCUGCCUUUCUCCCACUCUCCUACGCAUUUUAUACUCUCCCUCGUUAAAUCACCCCCUCAAGUUCCCCCUCUCCGCUCCACCUUUCAUUUAAUCUUAAUAUCUCCUCACAGACACACUGUUUUUCUAAUCCUCAAAUCAGGACAGACCAGCUUCUGUUUAAGGUUGAUGUUUUCAUGGCUGGAACUUGAUCUCAGUUCAGAUUAUAGUCGUUACCAGGCUCUGCUUUGUUCUGUUCUGUAUGGCAGCCAAUCUAUAACUGAAGUAUAAGACACUGUAGCUACAUAUUACUGAUUGAUUCAGUUUUCUGUAAUAUACUGUAUGUCCCAUUAUAACACUCUUACGUCUCCCUCUCCUGUCCCAGGCCCUCCCCGCGUGGCAGAGAAGAUCGCCCACCGGCAGACGGUGCGGAUCGGGCGCACCAUGAAACUGCAGUGCCCGGUGGAGGGCGACCCGCCACCCCUCAUCAUGUGGACCAAGGACGGCCGCAACAUCCACAGCGGCUGGAUGCGCUUCCGGGUGCUGCAGCAGGCACUGCGCAUAAAAGACGUGGAGGAAGAGGACGCAGGCACCUUCAUCUGCAAGGCCACCAACGGCUUCGGCAGCGUCAACAUCAACUACACCCUCAUCGUCAUCGGUGAGUCCCCUCCCCAUCCACCUAGCCUGAUCCCAGAUCUGUUUGUGCUGUCUUGGGGUGUGACAAUGACCAUAGGAGUUGGCAAGACAGCACAAACAGAUCUAAGACCAGGCUACCAUCCACUACCACACAGUCCAGUAUCUCCUCCUCUCCCUGGAUUGGAGCGAAGUGGCUCUAAUAUGUGUUUAUGA